AUAUUAUUUGGUAUUAAAAAAGAAAAAUUUAAACAACAUUCGGAUAAUGUCCGAGUCUCCAGAAGCGCAAUCCCUCAAAGAGGACGGGCAUGCGGAUACAGCUGCCAAGGAGGAGGAUAAAGAGGCUACGCCUCCCGCUGCUGCUACUGUUGCUGCCAAGGAGAAAACUGGCAAGGGAAAAGACAAAGACAAGGAGGGCAAGGACAAAGCGGCCAAGGGAGAGAGACAGACUGGCAGCCAGCGCCAAUCUCACAGUGGGGGCGUGACCAGCCCCUUGGGCAUGGGACAGCAGCCGAAACCCACAAUGCGCUAUAUGCCCACCUAUCGCCUGGAACCCAAAAAUCCACUGAACAAGGAGCAGGUGGAAAUAAUCAUGAAGGCGGUGAUGAACAAGCACUACAACGAUGAGUACACGUUCCACCCUAAGCACUCGCUGCACAUGGCAGCUCAAAUCAGCGAGGAGAUCAAAAAUCGCAUCAAAUUAAUGAACUAUGACAGAUAUCGCUACAUAGUGCUCGUCACUGUGGGCGAGAGUCUGAUGCAGGGCCUCUAUUCGAUGGUCAACUUCUUGUGGGAUGCUGAAAAGGAUGGAUUCGUCACAUAUAAGGUUGAGCAACCCACAUAUUAUGCUCUCUGCACAACAUUUUAUAUAUAUUACGAUUGAACUUGAAUUGUUAUUAUUAAAUCAAACAUUAGUGUCAUA